AUGCAAAAUUCAACACCAUUAUUAACUAUAUAUGAUUCAUUUGUACGGCCUUUUAAACGACGAACACCACUUAAAUCAAGCGUACCAACAACACCUGAUGAAGAUGAGGAUGUUGAUGAGCAAGUUAUUACCGAUUCGGAUAAUGGUGAUGAAUCUGAUGACGAUAUGCCAGGAGGAACUACCGAUAGAUCGAUAGCAACACCUGGUCAAAAACGACCAAAACAACGCAAGACAUGCAUUUCAGAACUAUUACCAAUAGUUCUUAAUGAUGAUGCAUCAAAAUCAAUGAUUACAUUAUCAAAUUAUUUAAUGAAAAAACGUAAAUGGCCUUAUCGAGGUUGGCAUAAACGUUUUUUUCAAUUAGACAAAGGUUAUAUGAUUUAUGGAAAAUCUGAACAAGAUAUAAAACGUGGUCGAAUAAAUGGUAAAUGUGAUAUUGGUUUAUGUAUUGUAACAUUUAUUCGUGAUUCACAACGAAUAAAUAUUGAUGAAACAAAUCAUGUUUAUCAUAUAAAAAUAAAAGAAAAAAAAAUUUUUGAACAAUGGCUUGAACAAAUAGCAAUACAUAGAAAAUAUCGACAAGAAUUACUUGAACGACAAAGUUCAUUUGUUCAAAAUGCUGUUAAAGAAAAUAAUGAUGAAAACAAUUUAACAAAUACUGCUGUACCAUCAACAGACACUAUUUUUUAUAAUGAUUUUGCAAACAUCCAAGUACAAUUAAGUAAUCUAUCGGAUAUACUUGAACGUAUUAAAAUAAACGCAAAUAGUACAACAACAACGCCUAGUUUAACAUCAAAAUCAACAGAUGGAACUAGAACAAGUGGUCAUACACCAUCUGCUAGUAUAGGUAGUAUAAAUUCAUUUUCAUUGAUUGAUCUUCAACGACAAGAUUAUUAUGAUGUAGCAAAAAAAGUUUUUGAUAAUUUAAAUAAUCUUUAUAAACAGUUAUCUGUUGUCGCUUUGGAACAACAAAAACAAUUAAAUAAUCCAUCAAUGAGAGACAAUGAUAAUAUUUAUCAUUCAAUGUCACCAACAACACCUGUGUCAAGACAAGGAUCAAUUUUUUAUGAUGCUCUAGAAGCUCAUAGUGCACUAAUGUUAAAUGAUGAUAAAGAUGAACUUGGAAAAUUGUCAGAUUCUGAGUCAUUAAGUUCUGGUGAAGAUGAAAGUCAUGUAAGUGAAAUGGACCGUCAAAUAUCUGUUCUACCUCAAUUAAAACCACCUAAAAUGAAAUGGCGUCGUUCAUCUUUACCAGUUGGUGCACCAGAUACAUCAAAUGUUGGUUUAUGGAAUAUAAUGCGUAAAGCAAUUGGCAAAGAUUUAUCUCGUAUAGCAAUGCCAAUUAUAUUAAAUGAACCAUUAGGUUUAUUACAAAAAUUAUGUGAAGAAAUGGAAUAUUCCGAUUUACUUGAUCGUGCAUCACAAACAGAUGAACCACAUUUACGUCUUAUUUAUGUUGUAGCAUUUAUUGUAUCAACAUAUUCAUCAUAUCAUUAUCGAACAGGAAGAAAAAAUUUUAAUCCAUUAUUAGGUGAAACAUAUGAAUGUAUACGAGAAGAUAAAGGAUGGAAAUUUAUUGCUGAACAAGUUAGUCAUCAUCCACCGAUUAGUGUUUGUACUUGUGAUUCACCAAAUUUUACAUUUUUUCAAACACUACAAGCAAAAAUUAAAUUUUGGGGAAAAUCAAUGGAAAUUUUUCCUGAGUCAUUAAAUAUAUUAACAUUUAAAAAAUAUAAUGAAACAAUAACAUGGAAUAAAUGUACAAUGUGUAUACAUAAUGUUUUAUCAUCCGAUCGAUGGAUUGAUCAUUAUGGUGAUGUUCUUGUUGAAAGUUCAUUAGGAAUUAAAGCUCGUAUUAGUUUUCUACAAAGUGAUUAUCGAACACGUUUAAAUAAUGUUGCAGGAGAUGUUGAAGAUGUUAAUGGACGAUUAGUACAUAAAAUAUUUGGUCGUUGGCAUGAAGAACUUUAUUGGGGAAAUGAUAAAACAGCAAAAUGUAUUUGGCGACAAAGUGCUGUACCGGAAAAUUCAAAAAAAUAUUAUGGUUUUACACGAUUUGCUAUUGAAUUGAAUGAACUUGAUGAUGAUCUUCGUCAACAAUUACCACCGACUGAUACACGUUUUAGACCUGAUCAACGUCUUCUUGAAGCAGGUCAAAUAGAACCUGCUGAAAAAGAAAAAGCUCGUAUUGAAGCAGCUCAACGAUCACGUUCUGCUUCUUCAUUCUCUCCACAAUGGUUUAAACAAGAUGGUGAUUCAUAUACACUUAUUCGUGAUGAAGAUCCAUCACAUUAUUAUUGGAAAAAACGUGAAGAACAUUGGACAGGUGUUGAAUUUACACAAUUAUGGUAG